AUGAAACCUGAAGACGUUAGAUUGGCUUCUGCUUGGCUGCGUAACUCAAAGGACCCAGUUGAUGGAACCGAUAGGAAGGCAGAUCAAUAUUGGGCGGAUGUUACUGAAGAAUACAAUAAAAACACAGAGGUUUGCCGUAGGAGAAACCGGAAUCAACUGAAGAUCCGCUGGGACCGUGUUAAGAAACCAGUAAUGGAUUUCCAUGGUUGCUGGAAUAGAACCACCAAAGUCUACAAAAGUGGUGUGAGCGAUGAUCAAUUGAUGGAAAUUGCUGAGAAGAUGUAUGCUGGUGAACAUAAUGAUAAAGAUUUUACACUGAAGCACUUUUGGAAGGUUGUGCGGAAUGAAAGGAAGUGGUCUGCAUAUGUGAAAAAGGAACAAGAAAAAGAGAAGAACAAGAGUGCAGCUGAUUCGUCGUCUGAAGUGGUGAAUUUGGAAGAUAAUCCUAAGAUUCGUCCUAUUGGACAUAAGAAGGCUAAGGCUGAGCUCUAUGGGAAAAAGAAGACACCUAAAGCUUUUUCUGCUAUUAGUGACAAGCUAGACAAGUUCAUUGAAGUAAGCACAUUGGCUAGAAAGGACCGUGAGAAGAUGGCGGAGACGCAGCAAAUUAUGGCAAAAAGUAAGGUAGAAGCUGCUAGGUUGACUGAUAAGGCAGCAGAGAAGCAACUCAAGUGUAAAAUGCUAGACACUUACAGAGAGCUUCUGUUACCACCGACAACUGAUAUGAAUGCUCAUGCUUUGGCUGAGAGGGAGAAAGCGGAGAGUAUGAGGUUGGCCUUAUUUGGUACAGAUAAUUAA